AUGGCUCGGUAUCCUACUUUCGAUGAGUAUGCCAAGCAGGGCAAUUAUCAAGACGGCAUCCAACGAUGUGACGAAGUCCUCAACCGAAUGCCGAAGGAUGUACAGCUUUUGAUCACCAAAACCCAACUCCAAGCAGUAGCAGGCCAGGAUAUCGCGCCAGUUCUCGAGCUACUGUCGACCAUUACUCCACCUCUCCGGCAGCUGGAAGAACUCAUCCCGAUAGAAGCCGCUGUCGUCGACGCAUCGAAGGAUGUCUACCCACGACCUCUUACUGCAGGCCCAGUCGUAGCGAAGCUGUGGGACAACGCAGCCAAGGCGACCACAUCAGCCAGCCACAAGCUUGAUCUACUCACAGUGCGCUUCGAACGAGCAGUACUGGACGAUAGGUUACAAGAUGCUCAACAGUCUUUGAUAGCAAUGAAGGCUUUUCAGCCAAAGAAUCGGUCCAUCUACAUGGCUCAUGCGGCGUAUACUCAGCUCCUGUCUACCUCGAAGGAUGAUCUGUCUUCGAAGCUGGCGAUGGGUUUGGCGCGGAAGGCUGUCACUGAGAAGUUUGAUGAUGACAAGGCGCUGGAUGUGCGGGUUGCUGGUCAGAUUUUCGCCAUCCAGGGGAGCGAGAAGGAUCUUGAGAUUAUUGAGGAUCGACCUUUUCGCGAGAGCAAGCACGUCUAUGAGGCUUUGAAGCUGAGCGAGCCUGCUAGUGUUGCAGCGUAUGGAGGUGUUCCAUCGAACAAAGCAGAUCCAGCGAAAUUGUCGUCACGAGAUUGGCUGGACCAAGAAGUCACUUCUCUGAAGGAUGAAUUCGCAAAGCUGGCCGCAGACUCUGCUGCAUCUGAUGUGGUGAAUCGAUUCUCGGCCAACGCCAUCCAUCUAUUUCAUACUGCGAUCACAUCUCUAGAUCUUGGAGGACGGGAUCGUGGUGCGGCAGACGCUUGCUUCCUCGCUGUCUCAGGACUAAUCAACCUUUAUGCCGAUCUUGCCGAUACGACAUACCUGCUUCAAGCAGCAUACUUAGCAGAUCGUCUGUUGAAGCACAACGAGCACAUCUACGAAGCGCGGCUCAUCCUCGUAUAUCUCUACAUGCAGCUGGGCUUGGGCAGUUCAGCCAUGCGUUUUUUCGACUCGCUCAGCGUAAAAGAGAUACAAUGCGACACAGUCGGGCAUACGCUCCUGACACGUCUAUCCAUCACACAUCCAUUCCGAACACUCCUCGCCAACGGAGACUGGUUCGAGCCCCUCGAGCGUACCUACAAAGCCCUCGGCAUCUACCCACGACACGAAGACAAGCUAUCAGAAACAGAAGCAAGCACCCUCGACCACGGCCAAACAGGCAUGAUCUUCGACGUGCACGACCUCCGCAACAACCUCCGACUCAGCUACACCAGACGCCUCAUCCUCCUCGAGCACCGCCGUACCUCCCGCCUCACUGGCAAAGCAGCAGUCAACAAGAAUCUAAGCGACAUCGGCCCCCGAAGAGUCGCAAAUUGGACCAACACCCUCGACAACCGUGACUUCAACGCCGCAUUCGAUUACGGCUUCAACGUCGAAAGCCACCUCUACGGCGACGGCACCAUCAUUGUCCCUGGACAGAAAUGGCUCCUCCAUACCCUCGCCGCAGAUACAGCCUGGGCUCUCGCGAAAGGAACGCAAUCACCCCUAAUCCUCGAUGCAGAGAACCUCGCCUCUGCCCUAGCCGCAACGCGCCGCGACGGCACGCGAGACGUCGAACACCUCGCUGGCUCACUUGCUCUGCAGCUCAUCGACGUCCUCCUGAGAAUCAAAGCCGACUCCUCGCCAUCAAAAGACUCCAUCGAUGCCAUCAUAACAUCCGUCAAAUCCCUCCCCAUCGAAAUUCUCGUCAACGCCUCAGAUCCUCUAGCCGAAAACCUCACAGACCACUACAUCUACAUUGAUUCCCUCCGAACAGUCCUCGCAACAUGCAAAAACAUCAAAGAUACCGCCGAGCACAUCCCCGUGGAAGUUGCAGAGCUGCAAAGUCUUGCACGGAAACUUGUCGGGGUCCUGCAGAAUCAUGUCAAUGAGCAGAUUGCGGGGUUGAAAGUGAAUCAGGUGACAUUGCGGUUGACGGAGGAUGAGGCGUUGAGGGAGGCGAUGGAGAUGUUUGGGAGUGAGAGCCUGAGCACGUUCGCAGAAAGUGUAGUAGCGUCAGCGAAGGAAGGAUGGGAGGGGGUGGGGAAGAUUACGGCGUUAUGA